CUCGAGAAGGUCGGGGUGCGAGCUGAGCUUAUUUGCUGGCCAACAACUCCAGUCACGACGUGGUGGCAGCAGCUCACCACGCCGCUGCUCCCACGACGAUGGCUGCUCGCUCGGAUGACAUGGUCACGACGCUGCCGGAUGGCAGGCCGCUGAUCGACAAUACGGGCCGGCCCAUCAAGCGCAAGAGGCCACAGAGCUGUGAUGCCUGUAGGACGAGGAAGACGCGUUGUAUUGUGCCCGUUGGUGAGGGGCUCGAGGCAUCGGGGGAUGUGCGUUGUCUCUCGUGUCGCUCUGCGGCCAUCGAGUGUUCGUGGACCUAUGUGCCGAAGCGCCCCGGUCCUCAGACUCAUUUGAGUGGCAAUGGUGCAAAGAAGAAGUCGACGGACAAGAUUCCAAGGGACGCAUCUCGAGAGGCGACCAACGGCGCCGGGCCCAGCAGCGCAGCAGCCGGUCCUCCAGGCCCGCCAAUGAUGCCAGCGCUUCCUCCUCCGCCUGUCCCUCCUCACAUCGCUCAUCCCGCUCAUAGAAGUCCUCAUUCGCAUCAACUCCCCUCUCCCCGCACCUCUGGCUUCCUCGAGGCGGCGCAGAUGUCGGCGCACUUUGACAAUCCGCCUCCAAAUCCAUUCCAGCCAUCUCAGUACGGUCUCAAGCAUGAAAGCCAUCCGCACCACGACCACCAUCCGUCCUUCCCUCCCAUGAUGCCACCUCCUUUGACCGGCGCAUCUCCAUCAAGCUCAUCGCCGUCGUCGAGGGCCGGCCGACCUCCUCCACCCAUGGAGCCACGCUCAACGAUGGGAUGGACGUCGAGCCCCGGAGUGACAUUUGAGCUUCCGCAGGGUCCCUCUCCUUCGGCCCAUCGAUUUGCAUCCAACCACCACUCUCCCCUCGACUCGACGACGAGAAGCGGUGAUGGGUACUCGCCCUCUUUUCCUGGUUUCCCACCUCCCUUUGGCAGCAACAGCGGCCACAAGAGGCUUAGCAGCAGUCAACCGGGCAGCCAUACGAUGAGCCUAGGGCCCUCGCCCCCUUCUAGCACAUCGCGCCCCAAAGCAAGGCACCUGGGCAAAGUCUUUGCAGCCCCCAUCGACCGACCUCGGAGCCUAGACGACGUAGCACCUCGCGCUACUUUCCUCUCCAUCAUCUCCCUCUACUUCCACCACCUCUACCCUUUGAUGCCCAUCGUCCAUCAGCCUUCCUUCUCUCACGAUCUCAUCACGCGGAGAGACGAACGGGACGUUGACUUUCUGUCAUUCGUCCUUAGCCUCACGGCCUACACGCUCAUUCAGUGUCCACGCUCCGUUAUACCAGCGCCCUGGCCAUUUUACCGCAAGUUGCAUCAGAUCUGCCACUUGACCUCUAGAAGGAUGCAGCUCGACCGACAUGCUACGGCAGAUCCUCCUACGCUGACGCAGUGUGCUACGCUAUACACGUCGCACAUCUAUGUGGGGUCAACGGGUCGCACCUUUGCCGCCAAUGCCAUUCAUGGGGAGCUGGUACGCACAGCAUUCUCCGUCAAUCUGCACGACGAGACGAGGCCGCUACCCACAGCGACGGGUGUGCCGGCAGGAGGGAGAGCGCCAGGAGCUCCCGAGAUGACGGAGAUUGAGCGUCAGCUUCGUCGCCGCAUGUAUUGGCUCAUCUACGGGAGCGACAAGACGAUUUCGAUCUUAAGCGACGAGCCCAUUAGUUUACGGGAUGCCGACACGACGGGCGUCGAAAUACCAGUGGCCGUGGACGACGACUGUCUGUAUCCACACAAGGUCGGCGAGCAGCCUGCGGAGCGCGGACCCAGCAUCCUCUGCGGCUUUGUGGCUGUCACGAAGCUGCAUCAGGUCAUGAGCAAGUUGAUGGAGAAUUUCAGGAGCGACCGUAAAUUUCCGCCUGCUAAUGCAGAGGCGACUAGGAGGAAGUUGCAGAUGGCGCGCGACAUCUUGCGCGAGAUUCAAGUCAUCGUGGCGGGCAUGCCUGAGCCGCUGCAAAAUCCCAGCUUCGAGCAUACAGAGCCACCACCGCGCCCGCCUGGAGGUUUGCCAGAUCUCAGCAUGCCAAAGGCGGGGCCGUCGUCAUCAUUGUCGUCUUCUCGACCUCAGCCUCCGCAAUUGCCGAGCUAUGGAAUUGCUGGCGUCAAUUCGUUGCUGCCCUUCACGCCAUGGCCUACGGGGACCUUUGACGAGAACGGCCUUCCUAUUCCCAGUGCGGACGGAGCGAGCCAAGCGUCAAGCUCUGCCGCUGCGUCGCCCACGGCACCCUGGGCCAGCAUGAGUACAGCAAAUAUGUAUUCCACCAACGGCUGGGGCGGCGGCCCCGGCGGGAGCAGCAGCGCUGCCGCUGGGCCCUCCUUCAGCGGCAGCGGUACAGGCGGUGGCUCACCUCCACCGGGCAGUCCCCCCUUCCCACCGAUGGCCCAACUCACAGCCGCUCGCGAGCAAGUGGUCGCAUUCCGCCCCUCACCCCCGCUAGCAGACCCGGCUCGAGCGCCAGUCACCAUCUUGUCGGGCUUCGCAAUCUGUCGUGCCAACAUCCUCGUCACCGAGGCAAUGCUGCGCUUCGUCCUCGUCGACUACCAGGAACUCCUGCGCGGCUACCUCAGCCAGCAACGCAUCGCCGAGGGCGAGGUCAACCAGCCUGGCGCGGACGACGAGGACAACAAUGACGAGAUCGAGGAGGCGGCACGCACGUUUGCCAUCGCUUCGCUGCCCUUUGAGAGCUUGGAAGCGAAUGGGCAGAGUCUUGUGCUCAAGCUGGUAUUUGUGGUUUCCAGUCUGCUCAACAGGACGAGCCACUCCAGUCGGGCGUUUGGGUAUAUGAGCGAUUUCUUGCAGACGUUGAGCAAGCUGAGCGAGAGGAGGACGCAGGGGGAUGACGAGGCGGGGAGCGAUGAUGAGAAGGAGGCAUGAGCGUGCGCGAGGCGAGGACAGGUGGGUCGCGAGGCGAGGCAGGGAAGUCACAAGUAGGCGGCGCUGGUGGACCUCAUCUUCUCCGAUCAUCCUCACUCGAUACCGCGUCGGCCUCGGCAGGCACAAGCUCGCUCGCCGUCCACGCACAAGACUCAACAGAGACGAUCC